UCCGGGAAGAAAAAGAAGCCCAGGAGGAGAAAAGGGCUCCAGGGAGCUCUGCUUCUCAGGGUUCCCUCAGGUGCUGUUGGAGACCCAUCACAUGGUAGCAAGUACAAAAUUGGAAAUGGCUUCCCCAGAACCAAAGGGCCUUGUCCCCUUCACCAGAGAGUCUCUUGAACUUAUGAAACAGCACAUUGCUAAAAAGCACAGUGAGAAACAAAGAGAUUUAAAGCCAAACACCGACUUGGAAGUUGGAAAAGAGCUUCCAUUUGUUUAUGGGAAUCUCCCUCGAGGAAUGCUGUUGGAGCCCUUGGAAGAUGCGGACCCAUACUAUAAGAAUAAAAAUACUUUCAUGGUAUUAAAUAAAAGCAGAACGAUCUUCAGAUUCAGUGCUACGUGGUGUACAUUUUCUCCUUUCAAUUCAACUAGAAGAACAGCUAUUAAGAUUUUGGUACAUCCCUUUUUCCGACUAUUCAUUUUAAUUAGUGUCCUGAUUGACUGCAUAUUUAUGUCCGUGACUGAGAUGCCAAAAUGGGGCCCAAUAUUACAGAAUACUUUGCUUGGAAUUUACACAUUUGAAAUACUUAUAAAACUCAUUGCAAGAGGCAUCUGGGUAGAACCGUUUUAUUUCUUUGGUGAUCCAUGGAACUGGCUCGAUUUCAGUGUAACUUUGUUUGAGCAUAUAACAAGGUACUUAGCUCUCAACUCCAUUACAAUAUUUAGAAUUUCAAGAAAUUUGAGAAUUUUGAAAAUUAUUCCCCUAAACCAAGGUGUGAAGUCUUUUGUAGGGAUCCUCAUCCACUGCUUGAAGAAACUUACUGGUGUCAUUUCCCUAACUCUGUUUUUUCUGAGUGUAUUUUCUCUAAUUGGGAUGGGGCUCUUCAUGGGCAACCUGAAGCAUAAGUGUUUGCGAUGGCCACAGGAAAAUGAAACUGCAAACUUGCACAACAGAACUGAAAAUCCAUAUUAUAUCCGAGAAACAGAAAACUUUUAUUAUUUAGAAGGAGAAAGAUAUGCUCUUCUUUGUGGUAACAGAACAGAUGCUGGUCAGUGUCCUGAAGGAUAUGUGUGUGUGAAAGCUGGCACAAAUCCUGAUUAUGGCUUCACAAAUUUUGACACUUUUGGCUGGGCCUUACUUGCCCUGUUUCGGUUAAUGACACAGGAUUACCCUGAAGCACUUUAUCAUCAGAUCCUUUAUGCUUCUGGGAAGGUCUACAUGAUAUUUUUUGUUGUGAUAAGCUUUUGGUUUGCUUUUUACAUAGCAAGUUUGUUCUUGGGCACACUUGCUAUGUCCUAUGAAGAAGAAAAGCAGAAAGCUGCCGAAAAAGCUAAGAAGAUUGAGCUAAAAUUUCAGCAGACUUUAAAAGCACUUCAAGAAGGAGACGAAGCAGCUGAGACCAAGACCACACAAAUAGAAAUGAAGAAAAGAUCACCAACUUCUAUGAUCUCUUCUUUGAAUAUGUUGGAUGAUGCCACUGCUGCUAUCAGACAUGAGGAAGAACCUGAAAAAUCCAGGAAGAGAUGCCCAUUGUGUUGGUAUAGAUUUGCUAAAACUUUCUUGAUCUGGAAUUGUUCUCCCUGUUGGUUAAAAUUGAAAGAGCUUAUCCAUAUGAUUAUAAUGGACCCAUUUACUGAUCUUGCCCUUACUGUAUGCAUAAUUCUAAACAUAUGUUUUUUGGCCUUGGAAUGUUAUCCAAUGAGUGAAGAAACCAACAACAUUCUCAGCAUUGGAAACCUGAUUUUUAUUGGAAUUUUCACAACAGAAAUGAUUUUGAAAAUAAUUGCAAUGCAUCCAUAUGGGUAUUUUCAAGUAGGUUGGAACAUUUUUGAUAGCCUGAUUGUGUUCCAUGGUUUAGCAGAGCUUUAUCUAGCAAAUAUUCAUGGAAUGGCUCUUUUUCGAACAUUCAGGGUGUUGAGAAUUUUCAAGUUGGCAAAAUACUGGCUGACAUUUAAGAUUCUGAUGCAGAUUCUUCAUAACUCCUUGGUGGCCCUGAAAGACUUGGUCCUGCUGUUGUUCAUCUUCACAUUCUUUUCUGCUGUUGUUGGCCUGACGCUGUUUGGUAUGAGUUAUGAAGUAUGUGUCUGCAACAUAGACAAAGACUGUCGACUCCCACGCUGGCACAUGCAUGACUUCUUCCACUCCUACCUGAAUGUGUUCCGGAUUCUCUGUGGAGAGUGGAUAGAGACUUUAUGGGAUUGCUUUAAGGUAGCAGGCCAAUUUGGUUGUAUUCCUUUUUACAUGAUGGUCAUUUUAAUUGGAAACUUAUUGAUAAUUUACCUGUUCCUGGCAUUGGUGAGCUCAUUUAGUUCAUAUGAGGCUAAAACAGCUGAAGAGGAUGAUGAAGCAAAAAAUCUCCAGCGUGCAGUAGCAAAGAUUCAGAAAGGAAUAAACUAUGUGCUUUCUAAAAUAUUAUGCAAAAACCAAAAUGUUUCAAAGGACACAAUGGACAAUGUAAAUGCUAUGUAUGUUAAAGAGACUAUUUCUGACCAUACACUUUCUGAAUUAAGCAACACUCAAGAUUUCCUCAAGGAUAAGGGAAAAAGCAGUGGCACAGAGAAAAACACAAUGACUGAAAAUGAGAGUCAAUCACUUAUCCCCAGUCCUAGUGCCUCAGAAACUGUACCAAUUGCUUCAGGAGAAUCUGAUAUAGAAAAUCUGGAUAAUAAGGAGGUUCAAAGCAAGUCAGGUGAUGGGAGCAGCAAAGAGAAGGUAAAGCAAUCUAGCUCAUCUGAAUGCAGUACAGUUGACAUUGCUAUCUCUGAAGAAGAAGAAAUGGUUUGUGAAUGUGAGAAGCCAAAGCAUCUGAAAAACGAUUAUAGACAAAGAUCUUCACCUGGCCAACUUAGUAGAGAAUCCAAGAAAGGAAAAAUUUGGCAGAACAUAAGGAAAACCUGCUGCAAGAUAGUGGAAAACCGUUGUUUUAAGUGUUUCAUUGGCCUUGUCACUCUGCUCAGCACAGGUGCUCUGGCUUUUGAGGAUAUAUAUAUUGACCAGAGAAAGACUAUUAAAAUCUUAUUAGAAUAUGCUGACAUGAUCUUCACUUACAUCUUCAUUCUGGAAAUGCUUCUAAAGUGGAUGGCAUAUGGUUUUAAAGCCUAUUUCACUAAUGGCUGGUACAAGCUAGACUUCAUGGUUGUUAUUGUGUUUUGUCUUAGCUUAAUCGGCAAAUCUCGGGAGGAAUUAAAACCACUUAUUUCCAUUAAAUUCAUUCGGGCACUCAGAGUUCUAUCUCAAUUUGAAAGAAUGAAGGUGGUUGUGAGAGCUUUGAUAAAAACAACUUUACCUGCUUUGAAUGUGUUUCUGGUCUGCUUUAUGAUCUGGCUGGCUUUUAGCAUCAUGGGAGUACACUUAUUUGCUGGCAAGUUCUAUGAAUGCAUUGACCCAACAAGUGGAGAAAGGUUUCCUAUAUCUGAAGUCAUGAAUAAGAGUCAGUGUGAAAGCCUUAUGUUUAAUGAAUCCAUGCCAUGGGAGAAUGCAAAACUAAACUUUGAUAAUGUUGGAAAUGGGUUCCUUUCAUUGCUUCAAGUGGCAACAUUUAAUGGAUGGAUCACUAUUAUGAAUUCAGCAGUUGAUUCUAUUGGUGUAAAUAGGCAACCUAAUUUCGAAGACAACAUCUACAUGUAUUGUUACUUUAUCAACUUUAUUAUUAUCGGAUUAUUUCUUCCUUUGAGUAUGCUGAUUGGGGUUAUUAUUGCUAAUUUCAACAAGCAUAAAAUAAAGAUAAGAGGCUCAAAUAUCUUUAUAACAGUCAAACAGAAGAAACAAUCCUGUGCACUGAGGAGGCUGUUGUGUGAGGACUAUCAAAAAACAAUCCGUCGCCCAGGAAAUAAAUUCCAAGGAUUCAUCUUUGACUUGGUAACAAAUGAAGUUUUUAAUGCCAUCAUUAUAGCUCUUAUCUGUUUUCAAGCAAUAACCAUUAUGAUACAAAGUGAUGAACAGAGUCAAAAUAUGGACAUUGCUCUCUGCUGGAUUAACCUAAUUCUUAUUAUACUAUACACUGGAGAAUGUGUACUGAAGCUCAUUGCUUUCCAUUGUAACUAUUUCACCAUCGGAUGGAACAUUUUUGAUUUUAUGGUGGUCAUUUUCUCUGUUACAGAACUAUUUCUACCUAUGAUGGUAGGAUACUACCUUGUGCCUCCUUCCAUUAUGGAACUGAUACGACUCUCACGGAUUAUCCACAUCCUGCGUCCUGGGAAAGGACCAAAGGUAUUCCGUGAUCUACUGCUCCCUUUGAUGUUGUCUCUCCCAGCGUUAUUGAACAUCAGUCUUCUCAUCUUCCUGGUCAUGUUCGUCUAUGCCAUCUUUGGAAUGUACAAUUUUGCCUAUGUUAAAAAGGAAGCUGGAAUUAAUGAUGUGUCCAACUUUGAAACCUUUGGCAGCAGUAUGCUCUGUCUUUUCCAAGUUACAAUAUUUGCUGGCUGGGAUGGGAUGCUCAAUGCCAUUUUCAACAGUAAAUGGUCUGACUGUGAUCCUGAUAAAAUUAACCCUGGGACUCAGGUUAGAGGAGACUGUGGUAACCCCUUUGUUGGAAUUAUUUAUUUUGUCAGUUACAUACUCAUAUCAUGGCUGAUCAUAGUAAACAUGUACAUUGUUGUUGUCAUGGAAUUUUUAAAUAUUGCUUCUAAAAAAAAUGCCAAGACAUUAAGUGAAGAUGAUUUUAGGAAAUUUUUUCAGGUAUGGAAGCGGUUUGAUCCUGAUAGGACGCAGUAUAUAGACUCUAGCAAGCUUUCAGAUUUUGCAGCUGCUCUUGACCCUCCUCUUUUUAUGGCAAAACCGAACAAGGGCCAGCUCGUUGCCAUGGAUCUUCCCAUGGCUGCUGGGGACAGAAUUCAUUGCCUUGACAUCUUACUUGCUUUAACAAAGCGAGUUAUGGGUAAAGAUUUGAGGAUGGAGAAAAUGAUUUCAGAGAUGGAAUCAGGGUUUGUAUCAGCCAACCCUUUUAGGAUCACAUAUGAGCCAAUUACAACUACCCUGAAACGAAAACAAGAGGCAGUUUCAGCAACCAUAAUUCAACGUGCUUAUAAAAGUUACCGCUUGAGGCAAAAUGACAAAAAUGCAUCAGAUAUUCGUAUGAUAGAUGAUGACAAGGAAGUUCAAGCUACUGCAGGAAAUGCCUAUUUUGACAAAGCUGAGGAAAAGUCAACUAUUCAAGGCCAAAUCUAAUCCCACUUACCACCUUUUCACCUUCUAAAAAUGUUAGAAGUUUGAAUCAGAAACAAAAACAAAGAUCAAAGAAGUAAAGAUUUUACUUACCAGUUGUCUACAAUCCAUGGAAGUUAAGCUUGUGUUCACAAGACUCCAUGUCAAGUUUGCUUUUUACCAUUGUAUAUUCAGUCUAACCAAGACAACCCUUAA